CGUCGAGCUUGUUGAAGUGGAAUGUGUUUAAGACCCUGAGCCGGGCUGAGCCGAGCCGAGCCGAGCGGGAACAACACGUCUGUGGACCAGAAAGAGAAGAACUGGCUGUCAGCUCGCAUAAGAAGAGGAAAACUUGUGUUUAAAAAGGAAAAAAAAAAAAAAAAAGCGUGAUUGUAGCCUAUGUAAUUUUUAUCCUCAUGUGACUGUGUAUUUUAUGUCCUGCAAAACUUGCAAAUCAGAGGUGAUAUUUGUAGAAAGGGAAGGGGCGAUGGGUGAGUCCAGGGGCUUCUCUACGGACCGGAACAUCCUCUGCUUGUUUGAUGUGGACGGGACUCUGACACCACCCAGAGAGAAAAUUGACCCACAGCUAGAUGAGUUCUUCCAAACCCUGCGGAGAAAAGUGAAAAUUGGCAUUGUGGGAGGGUCAGACUACUCCAAGAUAGCAGAACAACUCGGGGAGGGAGAUGAUGUGAUCCACAAGUUUGACUAUGUGUUUGCUGAAAAUGGGACAGUGCAGUACAAGGAUGGGAAACUCCUCUCAAAACAUGCUAUUCAGAACCAAAUCGGUGAGGAGCUGCUGCAGGACCUGAUCAACUUUUGCCUCAGCUACAUGGGACUCAUCAAGCUGCCAAAGAAAAGGGGAACAUUCAUUGAGUUCAGAAAUGGCAUGCUCAACAUCUCUCCAAUUGGCCGGAGCUGCACACUGGAAGAGCGAAUUGAAUUCUCUGAAAUUGAUAAGGUAAAGUAAUUUGUCAGUAGUGUGA